UGGCUCACGGAGACGGGUGGCCGGGCCCGCGCGUCGCUCGCGAACCCUCGGCCAUGGCGCUGGCCGCCGCCAGGGCGGCGAGACAGGCGACCAAUGCGGUGUCGGGCGCCGGCGAUGCGGUGUCCUCGGCUGCCGCCGGGGCCGCGGGCGCCGACUCCGCGGCUGGUGGAGGCCCAGCCGCUACCGGCCGUGGCGGCCGCAUGCGCAACUUCGCCAAGGCGAACGCCGAGGCAGACGCCGACUCGGAGGAUGCGGGCGACGGCGGCCCGAGGCAGAACGCAGAGGGUGGCGCUGAAGACGCCGAGACCAGGUCGAAGGUUCAGGUCUGGGAGUGGGUCGAUGACCUGAUGGAGGGGUUCGCCGAACUGUACAAGCUGACAAUCACGGGGGGCCACACCUGCGCAGAAGGUAUCCGCAGAGGUGCCUACCCCAUCAAGGAGAGCUGCGUCGAGUCGUGGGAUACCAUCCAGAGAACUUUCAACCCCCCGUCGGAUUCCAGGCGACAUGGUGCCGCCCCGACGUUCAGGCACGAGUGAGUAGGCGGCCGUUGUGACACCUUGCCUUUCAAGGAACUGUAUCCAGAAUGACUGCUGGUGUAUCUUACGUCGGCGCUGUAUGGACAGUAGCGCUUCUGAUAAGCGUGGCGAGGUGGCCACAGCGAUACAGCAGCAAUGCCAUAUCGUCAUGCGCGCCCGUGUGUCUUCUCCGACCUUUGACUCCAUCCAGCAAUUUCUACCCGUCGCCGCGCUGGGCGUCCAGUUGCGCUUCCUCGCGAAUCCGCCACCGAGCUCGGGCGGGCGCUUGAAGGGGGGGGGCUUGAGGAGCCACCACGACCCACGGGAUAGCCGCACGCCCGCGCACGCAGCGGCGCCCCGCCCGCACAGACGGCGAGCACACGUCAUGUGCUGCGGUGUGUUGCCGAGCACGAGCCAUCGGACGGCCGUCUGCUGCCACCAGCGCGAGGGGAGAGCGGCCAUCCACAGACGGCCGCCUCUCCAAACUGGCCCUGGGUGCUGCGUAAAAAAGCGGGGCCAGCACCUGCAGCGGCCGUGGCAGCAACGGCGGGAGUUGCGUUGGCAGCGGCGUUUGCGGUGGC